AUGCGCUACCAGAUUCCCGUCAAUUUGGAGUCGCUGCUCGGGGGAAAUACGGCGCAUUCCGGAAGACUCUCCGCGGCGUGGAUCGCUUUCAUCGUACUCCUCGCCCUGUGUGUCCUCAUCGCGGCCCUGAUCGCCAUUUGCGUCAAGAAGCAGAUCUUCUGCUUUAAUAGGAGUAAAAACGUCGAGCACCACUCGGAUAACUACUCUCCGGUGAAACCGAAGAACCUAAACCCCUCGAUCGACCGGACCUUCGACGAGCCGCGACUAUUCGCCCCCUCCCCGGCCGAGACUGCUCACGCCCCUUUGGACUAUGGAACGGAAGAUAGCAAUUCAUACGGCCAAGUUCCGGAUGAUUCUCAAUACUAUUCGGCUCCAUCGUAUCCUUACGACUAUGCGGGAUAUUCUGGCUACUACUACGUAUCAGAGGACGGAGAAUCGGCAGUGGAUGCACGGAGGCAAUGUGAUGUAGAUAUCACUAUUGAUGAUGAGGAACGUGUAAGAAUCCAACAAAUGCCGGAAUUCGAGGCGGGCUAUGAUGAUCAAAUCGAUCCGCGCAUUACGGGGAAUUGUCUCCUGGCAGGGCUGGUUGGCGUUGCGAUGAACAUGGUCUCGGGAUACCUUUACGUGAAAAGAAGUCCGCUACGAGGAAAUGUUGCGCUCGCCUUUGGAGCUAUUCUGGCUUUCUUUGGCGGCAACGUUUAUCGAUUGGCAAAGUAUUUAAUGAUUAUGUAUAUGAUUAUCGUAUGCGUCAUUCCAAUCGUCAUCACAGAGCUGAUGAUCGGAAUAAUUAACGAUAUGGGUACACAUUGCUGGGGAGGCUUUUGGUACGAUCCAACCAACUUUGCCAUCACCAUCAACUUCUACAAAAACGCCUACACCCGCGAACUUUUUGAGCAGCUGGGCACUGUUGUUCUGGGAAUUAUAACCGGCACAUUGGGCCUUAACCUGGCAACGUUUUGGAGGCUGAAAUACCUGGGCAUGCUAGAAAAAGGAAACUUGGUCGCCUCACAUAAUCAGAUUUUGAUGAUGCUGGUGAGUUUCUCGAACCUCUCGUAUUUCUUUGAUGAACUCUUGGCCGGGCUCACCCACGAACAGCUAACCUUUGGGCGUAACAACGUCUCGGCGAAUAUUGCCAAAACGUAUCGAUACCACGCGAGCAUCAUCGUCACCGGGUAUCACUUCAUUAAUAUGCGU